ACUGCUUCGUUUGGGCCGCGCGCGCACGGCGCACGGGACAAGGAGGGCUGCCCCAGCGCCAGCAUAGAGCCAGCGCCGCCGUCGGACGCCCUCGGCUCAGCAGCAGCGGCUCUACAGUAGGCCAAGCAACAGCAUGAGCUACCAGCCGGGAGAUAGAGUAGAGGCCCAGUUCCAGGGCGGCCAGCAGUGGUACGCCGGCACCAUUUCUGGAAAGACGGCGACGGGCUACGACGUCGACUACGACGAUGGAGACAAGGAGCAGAACGUCGCCGUGACACUGAUAAGAAGCCAAGUCUCUGAUGCGGUAAAAGCGUUGCAAGGCAAACCGGAAGGGACGCCGAAGAAGCCCAUCACUUUGAAAAGGCAGGACUCUGCCGAGGCCACUUCUGCCUUACUCGCCUCGGCCCAAAAGAUCAAGGAGGACUCACUAGAGCAAUCAGCAGAAACGCUCGCGAACCUGCGGGCCGCGGCCUCGGAGAGCGAGGCCGAGGCGGGGCUGAAGGCCAUGAACGGCCUGCGACGGGCCUCGUCCGAGGUCGAGGACGAAGGGAUUCAGAGGGCUACGAAGGCGAUGCGCGAGGUCGCCCGCGAGGACAACACUCAUCAAAUAUUGCGGAAGGCCGCGCUGGACGUGUCGGCUGAUGAUGCCGUGAAUACGCUCAAGAAGGUAGUGGCGUUCCAGUCCGAUUCGGAAGACGACGACGUCCGCGAGGCGCCGGCGCCGGCGCCGGAGCGCUUCGACGGGGAUUCGGACGAUUCUCGCUUGGAAGACCAGGCGCGAUCGAUCCGGGAGAAGCGUUCCAAGAAAACGAGGUUCGCUCUAGAACGAGGCACGAUACUGUUAGGAAACACGGAGGAAAUCCGCCAGGUCCAUGAUGCUAGACAGAGAUAUUUACGACCGAGGAUUUCUCGACGAGAUUUAACAGAUGAGGACAUCGCGCCUCCCUCCCAAGACGCGCGUGCCGUACUAGAGGCGUGUUUUGAUGGUGAUCUGCCAGCACUGAAGAAGGCAGCCAAAAAGUGCGGCUUCAGCGAAGGCCUUGGGUUGAGGUGUGCGUUAGUUGCUGAUCAGAAAGGACGCACAGCGUGCCACUACGCCGCUUUGCAAGGCAGGCACGACGUGCUCCAAUCCUUCGGGGAGGCCUGGCGUGCCCAAGCUUCUGAAGAGUACGACCGCAAGGUGUCUGAUCUGCGAGGGCGAUUGGUAGAAGCAUCUAGAGACUGCCGCCGCCGGAACGUAGAACAUGAAUUGCGAGGCGCCUACGAGUUCGCCGCGAGAGAAGCGGAUCGGGAACUCAGGCAGAGAGAGUUAAGAUGCGAGGCGGCCUGGCGGACCUGCUGCACGGCGCGGGACGACCUUGGACGGACGCCUCUGCACUAUGCCGUGGCGUGCGUCGAUGCGGCCCACACGGCGUUGACGGUAAAAGCCUUGAUGACAGGAUCGGCAGAUUUAGCACUACCGUCCAACGCGCUCGUGAAGAACGGGUCGCUGGGCGAGCCUCCCUUGCUACGAGCGGUGGCGUCGGAGCUGUUCGCGGAUGAUUUUGCGGCCCAACGCAUCGCUGAUAAACUCUUCAAGAACAACGGCGGCGGUGACCGACCGCCUAAGAGAGGCUGGAGGUAUGUGGGAGACACGUGUCGAAAACAUGCCAAGAGGGACAACAAGGAGAACCUUGAUGCGGCCUCGAAAGCAAGAGCGGCUCGUAGAACUCCUGUGUUCUUGCGAGUGCAAGAAGCGGGUAGGUCUAGGGCAGCUUACUUAUUCCCGCGGCACGCUCGAAUUGAUGUGGGCACCGGUGCCCUCUGCGGCGCGCCUCGCAAAGCGAUGCCACUCAUUCAAGCGUCAGCUCCAAAGGAACCGGACGAUGUUUUGAGGAGGGAAGCGUUGUUACUGUGGCUGUGGCGAGCUCUAAGGCAAGGCGCGAGGCGAGCCGCUCGAAGGUACGCGGAGGUCGGCAAAAUACAUAAAGACGGCCCCGGGAAGACGCGCACGAACGCCGGUGAACUUUUGAGAGCCUUCGAGCGGGCGGAUCCGAGGGCCGACGGCUGUAUUACCUUAGAUCAGUUCGACUCGUGCCUAAGGGCUCUGGACGUGCGCCUGGCGUACGGCACGCUGGAGGAACUCGCCGCGAAGUACGAAUUCAAGCCGCCGCGAGAUCGGCCCGAGUUGUCCAGAGACCGAAGGUUAAAAGUCGACUACGAGCGGUUGAUCGAUGAUGUGUUGGCUUCGCAGAAAGAUGAAGAAGCGUCUUUGUCUGAGGAGUCCGAAGGGAGCGCACCGUCACGACAGCACUCGUCGUCCGACGAGUCUGAUUGCGGUUCUAUCAAGCGCGAACGACUACGGAGGGAGAAGGAUCAAGACAGACGUAGGAACGAGAGGCGAGACAGAGUCGGCGCGCCCGCGCCAGCGCCCACCCUCAAGGGCUCGUCGUCGAGAACCGUCGCGGCGGCCACGUUGAAAGCCGUCGGGAGCGAGUUGGCGAUCACCGACGGUAGUAACGCGAGAGCGGGCACGGCCUCGGCUCGAGCGUGGCUGACGAAGGGUGCCGCCUGGCCCGCCCAGUCCUCCUAUUUAGCUGGUUUUGCGGAAUUACUAAAGGCGAGGUCCGCGGUCCUCGACGCGCACGAUUGCGCGGGCUUUACGCCGUUGCACUGCGCUGCUUACGCUGACGCGCCUACCGAAGUCUGCGAGUCGUUGCUGAGGCGGGGCGCGACGCGGUCACUGAGGGCGGACGACGGCGCGUUGGCCGAAGAUCUCGCGAAGAACGGCGCCACACGCAGAAGCUUGCGGAGGAUGUGUAUCAGAGAGUUCGACUUGUCGUUCCAAAGGACUUACUUGGAAGAAAGCGAUGAUGACACGGAGCAAAAAAGACCGAAAAGAGGAAAGGGUUUCUCCGCCGAUAGGAUGCCGGGCGAGUACCACAAUUAUAGGAAUGGUGAUGAUCGGGGCGUCACGAAGAACAAAGGAAGGGCGGCGGCGGCGGUCGCUACUCUAGCGGCGCAUGCUUUAGAUGCGGUCGACCCAGAUCAAAAUAGACGGGGCGGUCGGCCGGGCGCGCCGGGAAGGCACGACGCCUUUGAUGCGUGGCGGACGACGCCUGCUGCAAAUGCUGCGGUGGACUUUAAUACGAGAAGGCCGGUCCUGAAGCGGUCGACGUUCUUCGAUGCGUGUGCCUUUCCUCUCGACAGAUUGGUGGGCGACGGUCGGUUAAGGUCUCCACUACACUUGGCGGCGGAGGCGGGGUUAAAUGAGUUGGUCGCUUCGCUGUUGGCGGGCGACGAGGUCCACCAGGACGGGGACCUGGAGCCGACGGGCGCGCCCACCUUCGAGAUCAACGGCAAGGAUUGUGAUGGGUGGACGCCGCUCAUGCACGCCUGCUUUCGAGGCGGUUGUGCUCGUAGAUCAGUAGCUCGAUCGUUGAUCGAUGCGGGGGCGGCCGUCGCGCAAAAGAAUGUGCGGGGACGCACGGCGUUACACUUAGCUGCUGCUCAUGCUAGGGAAGAUAACAUACAAAGGGAGGACGCGGACAUUGUAGAAUUACUAUUGGACGAGGCCCCUCAAAUAAUAGAUGUGCGGGACGACGAGGGCGCCACGGCGUUGUACGCGGCGUGUGCGCGCGGUAGAGUGAGAUCGGCUGUGGCCUUGUUGAGCAGAGGCGCGGACCCGUGGGGCCGCCACGUCAAUACAAGAUGCACGGCGUUGCAUGCCGCGUGUUCGACGAGAUCGAUCGGCGGCGCCGACGCGGCGCGCCUACUAUCCCAGUGGUGCUCCGGCGGCGAUGCGCAUCUGAAUUCCUAUUUAUUAGCUUCGACGCGCGUCGCGCACGACGACGAGAUUUACGGCGAGAACGACAAGGACCCGCAACAGACCUCUCGUAAUAGAGGUACCGCUUCCAAUCUAGAUCGCGAGUACGAAGUUGUGGGCUUCGCGCCGUUUCCUUUGGAUGCGUCCUCACAUAAGUUUAGAUUGGACGCCAACGAGCGCGCGUCAUCAAAAGAUCGGAAACGAUUGCUCGCUUGUCCGCUGAACGCGGCGCGCGACCGGCGCGGGGAAGGUGCGCGAGACGCGGCGCGGUCUCGCGAACAAAGAGAAGCUCUCGACCACGUCUGGGACGCCGCGUUGUGUGGCUCGUUGCCUCGGUUGCGCGAUGCGUUACAACGGGAAGGGGCAGCUAGAGCGGCGUCGUCGUCGGGAGCUCUCGUAAGACCGCCGUGGGCCUUCGUGUCAGCGCGGGACCGGACGCCGCGGCUGGGACGGACGGCGUUGCAUCUUGUAAGUUUGGGUGCAGCUCGAGCCGUCGCCGCGGCCCAGCGCCGUUUAAGGAGAGACUGCGCCGCCGGCGGCAAAAGUUCAGGAAGGAACCUGCAGUCCAAGCAGUUCGAGGCCGCCGACGACCAGGACCACGCGCGCUGCGCUAGAUGUUUGUUACAAAGAGCGGGCGCGGCCGUCGACGCCGAGGACGCCUCAGCAAGAACGCCCCUGAUGUAUGCGGCGGCGGCCGGCGCGGGGCGCGUCGUGGCGGUUCUAUUGGAGCACGGCGCGGACGUUAGGGUGUGCGACGAGGCUGGAUUGACCGCGCUGCACCUCGCGACGGCCUGGGGACGUACCAAGGUGGCCAAUCAGUUGAGAGCGGCGGGCGCGUCCGGCGGCGCCAAGGACCACCGGGGGCGGACGGCGCACGACGUCGCGGGCCUCGCGGCGAGAGUCGAGAUGUACCCCGACGACGUGCCCGCGGCCGAAGAUAGGCGGAUGUGCGAGGGCAAGGAGCCCGAGCCGUCCGAGGAGAAGAAGGACGACUCCCCGUCGCCGCGGCGCCGGCACAAGUCCUCGCGGCGGAGCGACUCCGACUCGGACUACUCCGACGACUUUUCCUAGGUAUCAUAAAGUUAAGCGAGGCUCGAUCGGGGGGCAGCACAA